UUUCCCAUGCUUCAUUCAAUAACCUCUCGGCGGCCAAGCGCUUCAGUUCUUAGGAUGAACGUCGCUCCAUGCUCGAGCCGGAGGAACCUACCCCCAGUGAUCGCAAUAGUGCUUUUGACUUCGUGCCUCCCACGCCUGCUGAAUACUAUUUUGACAACAACCACGCCUCGCCUCGCGUUAGAACCGACUCAUGGGAGAACAUACAAUCUAGUAUCGAGCAAGUUGCCGAAGAGAUGGCUGAAGAGGAUCUCAUGCGUGCCGGUAAACGCUCUGGCCUUUUCGGUGGGUCGUAUGGUGGUUCUGCGACCUCGACAUUCCCCUUCUCUAGCAAUCUGACGCCUAGUCUGAUCUCCAUAGAAUCGUGUGAUUCAGGCGAGGAUCGCGUUGAUGGCAAUGAUCACUACAAGAUGGCGACGGGCGGUGGCUCAGACGUUGAUGAUAAGGAAAUCAACGAUUCCAAGGACAAGAGCCCAAGACAACUUGAAUUUUCGAGCAAUGAGGAUCGAGCUCAUAAGACAAAUCUGAGAAAUACUCUGUCUGUCUCGCCUUUCAAGCACCAUUACAAUGCUCGCCAACACGAUAAUGUACAGAAGUAUGACCCCAAUAACGCUCAUGCAGAAUCCAUGUACCACUACCAUGACAAGACUUCCGACCUUUCAAAUCACGCAUCUGACUUCCACCCUCCGUCCGAAGGAUCCUCCGUCGUAGCACAUACCGGACACUCGGCAGACAAUGUUGUCUGCCGCAACAGUAGCUGUUGCACUCCGCGGCGCCGUGUGCGACGCUUCGGCAUGUACUAAACUCGGAACUGUGAAACCCACUCGACAUGCGCGGCUCCUGGCAGGCUACCGUUCUAUGCUUGCCCUGGAUGGACUCCAAUUUGGGCUGCGCUGCGAUGAUCGAGUACCUCUGAAGGAGAGAGCUAAGCGGAAAACUCUUGCCUUACCAUUCACUAUUGUUCUAUACUUACUGCUUGUUGCACCAUUUGCAGAAUACUGUCUUGGCUUAGACUCAAAGAGUCGAAGAAAACUAGGAGAACAGGACGGGAAUCUCCUUGUUCAGGCCGAGCAAUAAAAAAGAAAACAACAAAAAAAAAUUUGAUUUGCACGAAACUGACUCCGUCCUUGUAUACCACCCCACCUCCUUCAUCCCCAUACCGACAUGGAAAAGGAGAUCGACAAUACAGCAGAAAAUAGGCGAGAGCAGAGUUCUAGACUGUCACUUGAGGAC